GUUUCGUUAAAAAGUAACACCUCGGGGCAGGGUAACUUCUAGAAAAAUGGCUUCUAUUUCGCGUGGCGUUGAACGUGUCCUUGCAAAGUGUGAAGCUUGUAUCAACGCUGGAAAUUACUAUGAAGCACAUCAGAUGUUCAGAACUGUCUCGUUUAGAUACAAUAGUCAACAAAAGUAUGCAGAAGCUGCUGAUUUAUUGUAUAGAGGUGCCUUAAUUUUGUUACAACACAACCAGCACAGCAGUGGGGCAGAUUUAAGCCUUCUCCUCUUAGAAUCGUUGAACAAAGCCAAGUCACCAGUAACAGAAGAAACCAUUAGCAAUGUUACAAAAUUGUUUGAAGUCAUGGACCCAGAUUGUCCAGAGAGGUAUCCAUAUUUGACAAAGGCUAUCAACUGGUCAAGUAAAGUACACAAGGAACACAAGAGAGGCCAUCCUGAUCUACAUAGAAGAUUUGGUAUUAUAUUCUGGCAAGAAAGAAACUAUGCCCAAGCUAGAUAUCAUUACAUACAUUCUACUGAUGGAGAAGCCUGUGCCCAGAUGUUGUUAGAGUUUCACCGGACUCAAGGAUAUCCGUCAGAAGUUGACAUGUUUAUAACCCAAGCAGUUUUACAGUAUCUGUGCCUUCAAAAUAAAGCAACUGCCAGUGUAUGCUUUGAGGUCUACACACAGAAACAUCCAGAGAUUAGCCAGACACCUCCUUAUAGUUUGCCCCUGCUUAAUUUCAUAUGGAUGCUUCUCAUUGCAUUGGAUGGAGGGAAACUGGCAGUGUUUACAGUGCUUUGUGAGAAAUACCAAGUCUCCAUAAACAGGGACCCAAACUACAAAGAGUAUUUGGAUCAAAUAGGACAAACAUUUUUUGGUGUCCCUCCACCACAGAAAACACCCCAAGGCUUAUUUGGGAAUCUCCUUCAGAAUGUUCUAGGGGGCUCAAUGGGCGAUGAUGAGCAAGUUAUUGAAACUCCAAGUGGUACACCAAGCAAUAAUCGUAGUAGCAGAAACCAUGAUAACUUCAGUGCUUUAUUUAACAGCAACAGCAGUAAUUUGUCAGCAGAGUCACCAACCACAUCAAAAAUUGAAAAAGCGUUAGACUUGGACUGAAAUUCUGGAUGCAUUUUAUAUCAAAUUUAUUUAUUAUUCCUACUCUGAAAAAAUAUUAACUUCGAGGAACUGAUGUUCAUAUGUUUUUUCACUUUGAGAUUUUCAAUGUGAACUUUAAAAAUUGUACAUUUUGCUAUCAAGCACUGUUCUUUUUAGAUUGUUUUUUUUUUCUGAGUGAUGACAGUCUUCCCACAUUUUGAAUGCUGAAAGUUGUUUUGUUAAUAUAACCUUUCUUCAUUUGGAUGAUUUCAGACAGCAUAUGUUCAUUAAGUUAUAUUAUGAGAAAGGAACUAGAAUGGGCUAAUAUAUAUGAGCUCGAUUUUAAAGUUGACAGUUAUAUAUACAUAACCUAGAAACUAAUUUCUGUUACGUUUCAAUUUUUAAAAAAUACUGAUUUCAGUCAGUUGAGCAGCAAAGUUAUUCUGGUGAUACGACAGAGUUGAAAAAGUUCGCAGAUUUAAUUGUAGUGAAACUAUUGAAGUCAAAUAGAAAAGAUGGAGCUGAAUGAUGGAUCUUUACUUGAAAAGCUUUGGGGAAUGUGAAACAAGGUGUUAACACUUUGCUGUAAGGAUUUGGGUUUUUUCUUUGCAAUAAGUCUUGAUUUUAUUUGGUGGUGUAUUUAUUUCAUUGGAGCUUGUGAGAAUAUUAGGUGUUUCUUAGUUGUGUUUGAACAUUAAUACGUACAAGAUAAGAGUUUAUACAUAGAGCUUAUAUUAUAAAAUAUAUUUAUUUAAUACAACAAAUAUUGGAGAAUUGUACAAGAUAGUGUAUGCUUUCAAGUGUAGAGUAAAUGUUUGAGUAUAGUGGAUGAUAUAGAAUGUAGAUAUGUGAGGUGCGUUUAAAAAAAUUGCAUAUCACGAGAUCUGUAUGUAAUGUUAUGUGCGGUUUAGAUUGUAGAAUUUAUUGUUAUAAUAAAAGAUGUUGUGUAUGGAAGAUAUAUUAUUAUAAUACAAGAUGUGUAAGGCAGAUAAUUACAUGAAUGCUGAAAUGAAGUAUAUUUGAAUGCUUAUUCUGGGCACUUAAGCUUUUCUUCUACUUGAUAUUAGCAUUCUUCUCUUAGCCAGAUAAAUUUUUCUGUGUCUUGGACUUUUUCUACAGCAUUGGCUGUUUUAUAAAAAUGUUUAUCUGUUUCAAAUGUGCAAACUGCUAAUUUGAGUUUUGGGGUGAUAUAUUUCUUCUUCACUUAAAACCAGUCAAUUAUAAAUGUUUUCAAUAAAUUGUUAGCAUCCAAUAUUAAAAUAUUUAAAUUGGUUCUUACUUGCCAAAGUGGCAAUGUCAUGUUAUAUGUUUUUUCUCAAUUCUUGUCAUAAAAACAUACACAUUUUCAUAAUACAAUUAAAGGAGAGAGAAAAACUA